UCUCCCUCUUCCUUCCUCUCUCUGAAAUCAAUAAAAAUAUAUUAAAAAAAAAUUCACUACCAACAAAAACAUAAUAAUGUGGAAACAGAAUAUCAAGUAAGGAAACAGCACAUGUAGAAGUUCAACUGGGAUUUCUGCUAUUAGAGUGACCUAUCCUGUACCGAUAAGAGUAGGCUUUGGCUGAGUCUUGGAGAAUGAGAUAGAUUUCCCAGUUUCUGAGAACUUUUUAGAGACAAUUUAUUUAUUUUAAAAUUAUAGUUGACAGACAAUAUUAUAUUGGUUCCUGGCGUACAAUAUAGUGGUUUGAUAUUUAUAUACCUUACGAAGUGAUCACUACAAAAAGCCUAGCACCCGUCUGACACCAUACGUAGUUAUUACAAUAUCAUUGACUAUAUUCCCUAUGCUGUACUUUAUAUCCCUGUGACUGUUUUUAUAACAGGUUAUAUUUCUGAAUCCUCUUGACCCUUUGUGCUGGUCUCCCCCAUCCCCUCCUCUUUAGUUUUUUUUUUUUAAAGAUUGAAGCCUUGGGUCAGAAAGAGAGUCAAUGGCCUUCCCAGGCUGCCAUGGUGGCCUCACUAUAGUUCUCUCGUAAUGACUUUGUUCUGAUGAUUCUCCCUUAUGUUUCCAUUACUUUUAGUCCUGGAAUUUUGGCAGUUAGUUUUGAUAUUGAACAGCAGAGUAUUUAUUAGAAACUCAUUUUUAAAAAGCACAACCAACACUUGUGCUUGCUAAGUUGGACGAAUCAGAACCCAGCAGUAGAUGUGAAUGGGAAGGUAGAUGCAUAUCUACUGUAGAAAAAAUGUGUGAGAAGAUAGGGUUAAUUUGAGGCUCGUCCUCUGUGGUGUUUGGGUGGACACCACCAUGCUAUCUAUUAAAAUUUUUAUUUAUCUUUCACAGGUAAAAUACAAAGGAGAAAUUAAACAGGCAACCCCAAUUUCUGAUCCACCAGAGCUGAGGAGAGUUAAAGAAAACCAGAGGAACAUCAGCAAUGUGUGAUCUUAGCAACUUCUUUCUAAUGAUAUCAAAUGUAUCGUCAACGUGUCACUUCAAAUGUAUUGUCAACGUGUCACUGAAGGGAUGAUGUUUACAAGAGAUCACGACCUGGAGUUGAUACUGAGUUCGGCUCUCAACUGAUUAUCGAUUUAUUGGAAAUGUUUCAGGGUCUUAGGUCUUGUGGGCAUUGCCAGGCAUUCUCCCCUCAGAACUCCCAGGGACAUGCAGUCUGACUUCUGUCUGCAGGUUAUGUCUCGGUCUCAUCUAGUCUUCCCGUCUGUGGUUGCUGUGGCUCCUCAAAGGGACUCAGCCUAGCUCCUGUCACAUGGCCCUGCACUACACACGAGCUUUCCCACUCCCUUUCCUGCCUGCAUAUGUUUUUCUCUAGCUUGUCCAGCUCACUACCAGAUAUUAUUACUUUAUUUUUGGACGAUAUCUGGGAAGAAAUUAUAAAGUGUGCAUAGCUAGAUAGGUCACCUGAUGCAGGCCUGUUUGAGGGGCACUUGUAGGGCUGUCAGUUUUUACUAAGACAGUAAUUGCCGGCCAGCUCAAUCUCCUUUCUGUUUAUGUAGUCCAUGGACACAGUUCACGGAGGGAAUUCUCCUUUAAAAUCUGUGGACUUCAUGUGUUAGCAUGGAGAUGGGGUUCUUUGGAGGGGGAAAUUUGGAAAUCUAUUAGAUUCAAAGAAACCUUAUAUUCUUUAAACCUUUCAAGUUAUUGGACCAGGUUAUAAUGCAAAGGCAGCUUAUUGUUUGGCACUUUUCCUGACAACUGUAUUUUGGAGCAGUAGAUGCUCAUCCUUUCCUGAUAUAUUUAGAGUCACACUUGAUGUAACUCCUUUACUCUCAAGAAGGAACAGGGUUGCUGAGAAGGGGGAAGAGAGUAGUGGGAAGCAGGCCAGCCUUUUUAUGCAUGACCAUGUCACCUGUGUAAAGAUAACCUUUCAAAAGCUCUGACACAGUUACUAAGGGAACACAACAGUAUAGCCCCAUUCUACUUGGGUAGGAGUACCUUUAAGGAAUAUUUGUGACGACAUUUCUUAGCAUAUUCCUUUGUGAUGAAGUGAUUAUUACAGGUUUGCUGAUGGUAUGCCCAUGUAUCUGAGUACAUUCACAGUGAUUCACUGCUCUGGGAUGAAUUAAAAUAGACUGAUUUAAGAUGCAAGCAUUUUAAAUAUGGCUAGACCUCUGAUUAGCUACCUCUUUUUUCAUAGUUUUCUUUUUUUGUCUAGUUCUUUAAAAUAAAUACUAUGUGACUCUUAUUCAGUUGAAUUGAUUCACAGUACACUAUUUUUUGUUCUCUGAAAUGGUAGGUUUAUUAUAAAGGUGAGCUGGGAAGAGCUACGGCUUUAAGUGUAACUCCCGAAAUGGAAAGAGUGAAGAAGAAUCAGGAAAACAUUAGCUCGGUAAAAUAUACCCAGGACCAUAAACAGAUGAAAGGCAGACCAAGUCUUAUUUUAGAUACACCUGGUCUGAGACAUGUCAGAGAAGCACAGAAUCAUAUUUCAAUGGUAAAAUAUCAUGAAGAUUUUGAGAAGACAAAGGGAAGGGGCUUUACCCCCGUCGUGGAUGACCCUGUGACAGAGCGCGUGAGGAAGAACACCCAGGUGGUCAGCGAUGCCGCUUACAAAGGGGUCCAUCCUCACAUCGUGGAGAUGGACAGGAGACCUGGGAUCAUUGUUGCACCUGUUCUUCCUGGAGCCUACCAGCAAAGCCAUUCCCAAGGCUAUGGGUACAUGCACCAGACCAGCCUGUCAUCCAUGAGGUCAAUGCAGCAUUCACCAAAUCUAAGGACCUACCGAGCCAUGUACGAUUACAGUGCCCAGGAUGAAGAUGAAGUCUCCUUCAGGGAUGGUGACUACAUUGUCAACGUGCAGCCCAUCGAUGACGGCUGGAUGUACGGCACGGUGCAGAGAACUGGGAAGACCGGGAUGCUCCCAGCAAAUUACAUUGAGUUUGUUAAUUAAUUAUUUCUCCUGCCCUUUGAGCUUUAUUCUAAUGUAUACUAAACCUAAUCUUUUUAAAAGAUAGAAGAUACUUUUAAGACAACUUGGCAGUUAUUUUACAAUAAUCUAUCCUUACCUUGACAAUUAGACACACAGGUACCAGAAAGAAGGAAUGAUUUCUGGGCUGAAAACAGCAGCAUUUUCAGUAAUUCCUAUAAACGAAAUAAUUCAGUCUGGAGACCUGGUGCUGCUAAUUGUGUCAUUGGUUUCUUUUGAUUGGCUACUGACCCCUUCUGGGAAAUGUAUUUUUGUAGACUUUAAUAGAGAUGUUGAUUGUCCCGUAAUUGUAACAAGUAUAUGAGACUUCUUAGCUGUCACUUUGGAAUCACCAGAAGCCAAUUCUUGUAGUUCAGUAACACAGCCAAUAAUUUAAAAACUGUGUAGCUUUGGAGUCAUUAGGCAAUUUCCAGUUCCAGUGAAAAUCGCCUAAUGUAAUAAAUGUAAGCAAUGGCAGAAUGACAGUUUGGGUAAAAUUAUAUUGACUGGUGGCUUUAGGGACCUAGAAAAUUCUACUGAACAAAGACAUAUUUUUGUUUCCUUGGCCACCGUGGGUCUAUUUAUUUCUUACUUGUACCAAGACAUAUCCUACUCUCCAUUUACAUUCUGUGGACCCACAUGUAUGCUUGGCUCCACAGAAUGUCAGGACCAAAUCACUUCACAGCUACUCUGCAAAGGGCAAGCUUAAGGCCAUCUAUAUUAUUUCCCUACUAGCCUUUACCUUGUUGCAUGACAUGUAGGUCCAAGCUUCUGUAACCCAGGCAGCUGCACUGCCUGUUACUCCUACUAAAGCAAAGUGCGGCUGAUACCUAAAGCCUUCCCUCUAGUUGCCAGCUCAUCAGAAAAACAUUUUGAAAAGUUGCUUGAGGUUCUCCUGCUGCGCUGCACUCUAGUUUUGAAGGAUAUACACUUUAGGACAUAGAUGUAUACUCUAGUAAAUAAGCGAUUUAGCUGUUUAUUGAACAGCUUUCAUUAACUUAAUGCCGCUGUUGAUUUAAAAGUUAAGAAAAUUUAACAGGAGCCAGUGACAAGGUGGGGUAAGAAGUGUGCUGGAGAAAACCAGCGAACAAAAAGUUACCGACAGACUCCACACACACACACAGAGGAUCUGGUUUCUUAUUUUGGAAAAGGUAUUCAGAUUCUGGAAUGGAAAUGUAGCCACUGAAACCAGUAAAUGAAAAGACUUCAUUUUCACUUUUCUGCUUUUUAUUUUCUAAAUCACAUUCAGGGGCGAGAUAGGAAUGUCAUCAGAGGUUUCGGCACAGGCCCCACAGAUUGUUCACUGAAAAUGAAAUUAUUGUCAGAUUUUGAUUUUUCAAAUGAGUGACCUUGCAGUUUCUUGCUGGACUCACAGCCAUGACUGCAGCCAUUGCUGGCAGGUCAUGACUUUCACCCGAGUCCACAGUCAAGCUCACCUGAGAUUAACAUCCAUCAGCAACUGUGUUUUUCUGAUUGCGCCAUUUACUGGGACCUGCAACAGGGUAGCAUGCAUGUAGGAGCUGACUCUAUAGCUGAGACGAAACUGAAAAAGCAAAGUUACAAAAGUGUAAUAAAAUUUAUGGUCUUGGGGAUAUCUCCUUAUACAAUAUAAUCAAAGAAAUUAACAAAGUAUAUUUAAUUGAAAUGUUCAUCAGUCCAAAGGCAAAUGUUAAUUCAUUAACAAUUUUGAAAGGUUAGCAAAUACUUUUGGAAAUCUGUAGUUUCAUUUUAUCCAGCUAAAAGAGUAAAUAAAAUAAAAUUUGUUAUGCGCAAGCUUCAUCUACAUGACACCAACAUAAAAUUGAGGAGAGAAAAAUUCAGGCAAAUAACUAGAGAUUUUUUUUGAGUGAUCUUUACAGAAUAACCAGCUUGACUGAUUUUCUAUCAUUGAAAUAACUAUGCGUGAAUACACUGAUUAAACCCCACAUCAGUCUUGAGGUCAUAUACACAAGGCUGCAAACACAAACCAAACUUGCACUAUUCUUGCAAAAACUUCUGUGCGUUGAAAGUGAGGGAAAUAAGCUUGCUCAAUUUAGUUAUAUCGUUAAGUAAAUAUUUAUGUUUCACCCAGACUUCUUUUCACGAUUAUAAAAAAGGAGUAGUUGUUGAUUAAAUUUGCUGACUAAAUGUAGGACAGGUACAGUUUUUGAUAAAUAGCACAUUUAUAGGAAACACAAAGGAAACUGACUUAAAAUGAUGACGACCAUGGAGAAAGUUACCAUAAAGCAGCAGCUUGAUGUUUCAUUGUUUUUCUCAUCCAACCGAUUUCAAAAUUAGGCUCAUUGAAUGUAAAAGUCAAUACUUAUUUGGGGGAUAAUUCUCCUGAAAUUGUAAGCUUUACAUAAUGUUUGCAUAGCAAGAUGUUUCUGCUUUAGGAAUUCAGAUCGGAUCAGAAUUUAACUCGAGGGUGGUCAUUUUACAGCAAAGACUGGGGGAUAACAAGAUGUCACGUGCUCCCAACACUCUAACUUGGCAGUGUCGUCACUGUUACUACAGCUUGUUAGAAUAUCAAGCAUCUCAGCAGAAAUAUAAGAAAUAGGUGUAUAAUACCAAAGUGCUAUUUUACAGUAUCAUUUUCAAAACGACAUCCUUAAACAGCUUUCCCCCUUUCAUCACGCCCCCUGCCCACCUUCAGUUUGGUGAGAGGUAUCUCAGACAUAACGCUGACAGCUGAACAAGUGUCUAAGAAAUUCAUCUUUUAAAAAUCAAGUUACAGAAGACUGGAAGUGCCCGCACCCAGAGAGCACGCACCUGGUUUUCUAAACCCAGUGUUCUCCAGCCUGAUAAAAGCACAAGGAGCGGUUUGAUAUGCUUUUUAAGGUUUCGGAAACAAACCGCACGUGGAUCAUAUCUCUCUGGAGAAAAGCAAUACACUUUUGUAGUAAAUGCUUUUACGAAUUCUUGGUUUCUAGGGAAGCCUCUCUCUCUCUCACCUGUGGCAAAAACGACUUCUUGGUGUCUUCUUCCCAUCUGCACAUUCGCAGUGGAGCCCAAUUUGAAAUAUUAGCUGGUUGUCUGAUGUCCCUGCAUCUUCUCAGGCCUCCCCCCACCUCUAGACACCACACAGGAAUUUGCAAGCACAGUGUCCAAGAGCACUUUGGGGGACGAUGGAGGAGCCCAGCCCAGCCCUCCCUUGUCAGUAGGUUCAUUGCUUGAAGAUGAUGAAGAUGCAGUUUUGCCACAGUCUUUCUUUCCUUACCUUCUCUGUGUUGAGCUUGACAACACCCUGGGGCUUGGGAAGCUGACUUCUCUAAAACAGUGGAAGUUGAAGAGGUAAUAUCUCCUUUUUAGGCUCAUCCAUCUCCAGUGGAAUGUUUUUAAUGAAAAGAUAAAGAAAAUGUGUGUGAUCCUUUAAUAACACAUCUCUGUAUAGAGUAGAUAUAGUUUAUACCAAAAUUAUAAUAUAGAUAUAUACAAAAAUAGGUGCCUUUCUGAUUACCCGUGUUUAUCCACUAUGGUCUGGGAAAGAAAACCACGCAGGCAAGCUUCUGCCUGCUCUAUAGUAAUAUUUUAUUACACGUGAUUGGUAAUUUUAUGGUGGGGAAUGAGAUGCUCCUGACAGAUAAGGAGGGCGAUAGCUGGUUAUAUUUUACUUCUAAAGGUUUCAAACUUCAGAAAAUACUGACUCCUUCCAUCAAUUUUUGAAAGGUUCUCUGUAGAUUUAUAUAUAGUUGAGAUGCACAAACAUUAAUUUUCGGUUGGAGAUUUAAAAUACCUGUUGUAAGAAAGAAGACUUAGGUCAUGAGGCUGAAUUCAUUGCACGAGAUGGCAUUCACUUCACAAAUUGAUUAGACCUUAGCUAUUUCCUUCCGAUCAUCCGAAAGUGGCUGGAGUGUGCUUGUUUCGGGUGUCGUGACACAGUGAUGUGAAAGCUUCAGUUAAGUGAGAAGCUAUGUAGACAAAUGCUAAAGCGAAAAGUCUCCUCAAGUAUUCCAUGCCCUUUAGGGUCCUUUCCAGGCAGCUGUCAACUAUUGAUCAAAGAAAUCAUGGCGUUGGAUGACGCUUCUGUGGCCACCGUUCCAUGAUCUCUAGACUCCUGGAGUCCCCCAGCCUGGAAGGAGCCCCAGCGCAAAUGUCCUCCCCAGCUGUCCAUGUUACUUGGGUGUAUUCAUGGGAAUUCCAUCUGCUUUUUGUGUCUGAUAUACGGUAUUCGGUUUGCAUAGUAUAUGCUUCUUGUAAUCCAGUUGCUAUUAAGAAUGAUUUACUUCAAGGAAAAGAGGAAUCUGCGUUAGAGUCCCAUUUAGUCCCCCGUGUCCACACGACGAAUGGCUGAGCAUUUAGAAGCAGCGAGUGUGUCACAGGCGUGGCGGGGAGCUGUUUGGUCUUAGGCCUGCGGUAAAAGUGCAAAACUGAAUCAUUGUGCAGUUUGGCUUCUGUCUGCUUCAAAAAUCUAUAGGAUUGUGGUUAAUGAUUAAUUUGCAAGAUUUUACUAACUUUGAGAGCUUCAGUUCUGAAGGAAAUCAUGUUUUCAAAAUGAAGGGGCUUACAGAGGAACAACGCGAUGUUAUUAAUAUAAUUUGGCUUCUGUCACGCAAAUUGUUAACACCAGCUAUUAAAAUAUAUUUUAGUAGAAACGCUUUAAUUCAUGUUUUUUUCCUCUACACUGUGAAUCUUGACGCCUUGGUGGACUAGAGCAACAUCCUGCUGCCCAAGGGACUAACCUAUGCAAACUAGUUCACAUUUUAGUGACUGUCACCGCAGUUGUGUGAGCAGGCAUCAUUUCCCCUGCGUGGGACAGCAGAGUGAAGUGUCACCGUAAGCCUAGCAUCCCGUAUGUGUAGCGUAGUCGCUCACAAACCCUUCAAGGCUGUCGUCAUCAAAAUUAUUUGUUUAAAAGCAAAUCACCGAUUUAUCUGUUAAGACUACUUGAACGAUGUAAUAACAAGAAUGACAAUGGAUGUGUCGGCCAUGGCUUCUGUGUGGUCACUGCAGGUGUUCUCCUGAGACAGAUCUAUGUUCUCAGAUGCACUCUCUUCAGGGUAUUAUUAUUCUGUGUCUUCUUUCUGUAUUUGUAAAACAUUAUAACGCUUUAAUUUCCUAUCUCUACAAUUCGGUUUGCUUAAAUAAAUGCAGGAUAUAAAAAAAA